AUGAAAAUAAAUUCUGAUAUUCCCCUUGCUAAAAUAGAAUAACUAUUCCAUAAUCUAGAUUAGAAUUUAGGUCAACACUAAUUCUUAAGACUAUAGUUUAAGCUCAAUGGAUAUAAGGAGAAAAAGUGUUAAGAUUAGGUGAUAAUAGAAACAAAUUUGAUUGAUGGAUAACAUUCACAAACAGCAAUCUUAACAGGAAGGGCUGCCGAUCUCAUAAAAUACCACUAAAGUAAUAAAUAUAUGAUAUCAAGAUGAGCAAUUUAUUAAUGUGAAUUCUAUGAUAAUAUAAUUGAUAAAAUGGAAGUUAGUCUAUUUAGAAAAACAAUAAAACUACACGGUUGUGAUCUAUGAAUUUCAAUAUAUUGCAUCUCUAGAUGGAGAACAUGAAUGUACUUAAUUCAAUGUAAAUUAAAAUCUUUCUAGCCAAAGAAAGCCUAAAUUGUAGAUAAGGAGGAAUGCAACAACUAAUAAUAAUACAAACAAUUAAUCAUAUGCAACAAGUUCAAUUAAAAAAGUUAAAAUUGAAAAUUCAUCAUUUAUGAAGGAUUCAUUUUUUAUUGAUGAUAAUCUCUUAAAUAUUUCGGUAUUGGACAACCCAGCAAAUAAUAAAUAAUAAAUCUAAUUUAAAGACUAUUAAUAAUAAUAACUAGCAUAAUAAGAAUUAACAAAAAUAUCUGCUAUGUAUCCUUCUAUGAAGAAAUGGGUUUUGGAAGGAAGAGUUAUCUUCAAAUCAGAAUAAAUGGAUUUUCGAUGUAAAAAGACAGAAACAAUUUCAAGAUAUUUUAGAAUCUUAAUAUUAGAUUGUGAAUAAGAAUUGAUAGUAGGUUUAUUCUAUGAAAAAGCAUUGAGUAAAUUUUUUCCUGUUUUGUAAUAAGGAAAGGUUUAUACAUUUAAAAAUGGAUAAAUAGUUCAAGAUAAGGCAAAUGGUACAAAGAAAAUCACUUUUAAUGAGUAUUCAAUUAUUUCAGAAUCCUAAAAUUUUGCUAUUCCUUCUUCCCCAUAAUUAAAUUUUUCAACCCUUUAAGAAAUUGAGACCUUGUAACAUAAUUCCAUUGUUGAUGUUGUUGCAGUUAUAUAAGUAAUUAUAUGAAUUAUCUUUAGGAAAUAAAAUAAGGAUCUGAUUCUUUUAAAUCAUUUAUAGUAUGUGAUUAGACAACAAGAUUGUCUGUAAAACUUUGGGGAGCAUAAUAUGCAAAUCUGAAUUUACAAAAAGGGGAAAUUAUGGUGUUUAAAGGAUUAAAAUUUUAAAAUAUCAAUUUCAAAUCAUUAAACUCUGAUUAUUAAACUAUGAUUAUUUAAAAUCAUGACUUAAACGAGUAAACUUAUUAUUAAACAUUUUAGAGUUAAACAACUUAAAAGUUGGUUGGCGGGUAAAAAUAUUGAUACAAUUAUGAGACCAAAUCCAGAUAAUUCAACAAUAGAUCUUCAAUAAUUAGAUGAAUUUGUGAUUAAACUACUAAAUGAAGGCAAAACUUAAUAAACUUCUUAUAAAUACAUUUUUGGUUACAUUAUUGAAAUACAAGAAUAUAAUAACAUGUAUCCUAGCUGUCCUAAUAUUCGAUGCAAGUCAAAAAUGGAAGAAAUUCCUAGUCGAAAAACAUAUAGAUGCAAGAAAUGCUUCGUAGAAAGUGAUUAACCAAAAUAUAGUUUUUUUUUGAGAGUAACAAUAAUGGAUGAAUUUACAAACAUUAAGGCAAUCAUUUUUGAUGAGAUUGCAGUCAAAUUACUUGGAAUAACUGCAGAUUAACUUAAAUCAAUGAAUCCUGAAGAUUAAAGGAAUAUAUUUUUAUCAAAAGCAUUUUAACAAAAAAAAAUGAAACUUUAAAUAUAAUUCUAGGAUUAUAAUGGAUAAAUUUAACCAAAAUAUAAUGUUUAAGAAAUAAUAGAUAUUGAUUACAAAGCAUUAUCUUCAUAAGCAUUUGAGAUGUUUGAUGAAUUGGACAAUCUGCUGAAUUUAUCACUUGUUUUGUGA